AUGGCCCUACAGCAGCACAUACGAGACUCCCCAGUCCAUACAUCAUCUUCAACUCCCGAUAAUAGCGAUCGAUCGAUCAAUACUGAGCAGUCUUUACAACAACACCUAAAGAAGUCGCCCGCAAAUGUUCAGCCUAACAACUGUAAGACCUGCAACCGAAGCUUCGGUAGUAAGAGCGCCCUCGAGCAGCACAUGCGGGACUCCCUAGUCCAUGAACAGGCUCCAGAAACCCCUCUACAAGAGUCUCCCCACUCUUUAAAGCAGUGCCUACAGAAGUCGACCUCACCUGCUCAGCCCUACAAUUGUAAGACUUGCAACCGGAUCUUUGGCAGUAAGAGCGCCCUCAAGCAGCACACACGAGACUCCCUGGAUCACAAACAAGCCCCAAAACCCCCCCUAGAAGUGCGUUCCCAACCGUUACAGCAACAAUCAAAGAAUUCGGCGGCGCAUGCUCCGUCUUUCGAUUGUAAGAACUGCAGCCGAACAUUCCGUAGCGAGGCAGCCCUCGAACACCAUAUUCGCGACUCGCCCACCCACCAACAGGCUCCAGAAACACCUUUGGACAAGUUCUUCCGCUCCUUCCAUGGGUUUGAAUAUGAUCCGUCGCUGCCACCAUCUACGUCCUUCUCUUAUCUGCGAAACCAUGAGGGCUGGCGACGUGGCCAGGCUGCAUCAGAAGAUGCCUGGAACAGAUACCAGGAAGCAUUAGAGGGAGAACUGCGCAUGUGGUAUGGCGAAGAGAGCGAUCUGACUUCGUGGCAUGCCCUUUGUCGUGCCAUUGGUAUUGAGCCGCUUCCGCAAACAUGCGAGCAAUGCGAAAAAGCUGUACGAAGUACACAUGUCAAUAUUAUUGAUUUAAUUGAGUGGGGACGAAGACGUGGAGAUACCGAUGAGAAAGUUCGGACUUUUCGUAAUCUGGAUGCACUCCGAGUUUACACUACGGAGACGGGUAAGAUAUUUCGUAACAGAUUCGACGAGGAAGACGGAAAUGUUGUCCUGAGACAUCUCCUUCGCAAGAUCUUCACACUGUGA